CGCGCGCCGGGUGGAGGAGGAGGAGGAGGAGGGUGCGGGCGCGCGUUCCUCGCAGGCGAUGGGGCUGCUCGAGCUCUGUCGGGACGCUUUCGGCGCCGGCGACCUGUACGAGGUGCUGGGCGUGAGGCGCGAGGCUUCGGCGAAUGAAAUCCGCCGGGGCUACCACAAGGUUUCCCUUCGGGUGCAUCCUGACCGCGCUGACCCGGCCGACAAAGAGGAGGCCACCUUGCAUUUCCAGAUCCUAGGUAAGGUGUAUGCAGUGCUAAGUGAUAAGGAGCAGCGAGCUCUGUAUGACGAGCAGGGGAUUGUGGACGAGGAGUCAACGGUGCUGACCCAGGACCGUAACUGGGAGGAGUACUGGAGGCUACUCUUCAAAAAAAUAACUGUAAAAGACAUCGAAGAUUUUGAGAAGAAGUACAAAGAUUCUGCGGAAGAACUAGAGGAUGUUAAAGCAGCAUAUGAGGACUUUAAAGGAGAUAUGGACAAAAUUAUGGAAUCUGUGCUGUGUGUUGAUUAUACGGAUGAACCCAGAAUAAGAAAGAUUAUCCAGCAGGCCAUUGACUCUGGAGAACUUCCAUCCUAUAAAGCCUUUGUAAAAGAGUCUAAGCAAAAGAUAAAUGCAAGGAAAAGAAGGGCCGAAAAAGAAGCUAAAGAGGCAGAAAAAUCCAGAGAAGAACUAGGUCUUGGUGAAGGUGAAGAUGACCUGAAAGCACUAAUUCAGAAGAGAAAUGAAAACCGAAAAAGGGAAAUGGAUGACUUUCUGACUCAGAUGGAAGAAAAAUAUGGAAAUAAAGCCAAAAAAGGAGGAAAGAAAACAGCGUCCAAGAAAGGAAUAAAAUGACCAACUUUAACAUCAUUUUAGGAAUGCCAGGUAUUAAAAGAUGCUUUCAUCAACACAUUGCUGUAGGAUAGAAGAGACAUCCAGCAAAAGAGACAUAAAACAAUAGAUGCCAAGAAACUCCUCAAAGUGCUGUGGGAUUCUAGAUGCUGUCUGACAGGAUUGCAGCGGUCAGAAAAGGUUGCUAUGAACAGUGAGGAUACUCUUGAUACAGAAAACUUUCUAUCAAAGUCUAAAAAUAGUGCUAACCUGUAUUUUUGCAAAACAUUACUGAUUUUGGCAAUAGUUAAGUAACUUUUUAAAACGCUUAUCAAAUGAGGCAAAUUUUGCUUGCUGAGGUUUUAAACACUUGAUAAAAUAAAUAAAAGAUGUUUUUGAAGUGUAUGAAAAAUUAUUCUUACAUGAGGAAUAUAUAUGGCUAACACAAUUUGGGAUGAUCUUUCCAUAAAGUUCUGUAAAGGAAAACACUGAUAAGAUAUAGCAAGUAAUGUUGUUUAGUAUAAUAGAAUUAUCAUAUAAUUAUCAUAGUAAGCCUGUUUGGAGGACUUCAUAAAGAGUAUGGGUGCUA